AUGCCGUCGAGACCUGUGAAAACUGCUGCGAACACUAUAACCGAAGACGAAGUCCACCACCCACAGCCGCAGAGGAGAAUACCACCACCAGCUGCCCAGAGGUCAAUACUGUCAAUGGGCUUCGGAAACAAAACGAGCAAUGAACCAGUAAUCUCUUCAUCGAGACCGGCACUCCCUGCCUCUAGACCAGCACCAACACAUGCUCGCCCUGUAGGAUCAGCUGUCCAGGAACUGACGGCAAGGAAUUUCGAUAGUGUGACGGCUGGGAAAUUUGCACUCGUUGACUUCUACGCUCCAUAUUGCAAGUAUUGCGUUGAGCUGGAACCAAUAUGGAAACAGCUUGGCGAGUCGUUUGCAUUUGCUUCUGAUAGACUGGUCAUUGCCAAGGUAGAUGUUGACGCCCACAAGACAUUUUUGAGCAGAUACGAUAUCCAAGGUUACCCGACCAUUAUGUUCUUCGAUGGGACAGACCCCACACCACAGCAGUAUCAGUACUCACGGGAUCUGGAGCCAUUGACGGAUUUCUUGGAAGAACAAACCGGCAUCAGGGUCGCCGAUGGUGCUCACUUGCCAAAACCAAGUGCUGUUCCACCUCCUAUCAAUUUUGCUUCAAAGCCAUCCAUGUCACAAGUCAGGGCGACGAUAAAAGCGAAAGCAGCUCCCGCAGCGCCACCGACUUCUGGAUGUUUACUUUGCAGAGAUUUCAAAGGACCCGACGGAGUAGCGGCUCAAUAUCCCAGACAAUCACUUCCCAGAAGUCAUGACCAGACGGACUACCUCGCAGAUGUACUCUGUGGCCCUUUCUCAUCCGCCACCGACAAAGCCCGAGCAAUCUUCACCUGGCUCCACCACAACAUCGCCUACGACACCGUCGCCUUCUUCGGCAAGAAAGUCAAAAGCGCCGAGCCUCAAGACACCAUCAACUCCGGCCUGGCUGUAUGUGCUGGUUACGCUGGCCUUUACUCCGCCAUCGCUCUAAAAGCCGGCCUCGAAUGCCGCGUUGUAGGCGGGCACGGCAAAGGCUACGGCCACACCGCCCUGAAACCCGGCGAGAGCCCUCCACCACGGGAUCCCACCGGUCACGCUUGGAAUGCAGUACGCAUAGACGGCGGAGAAUGGAAGCUCGUCGACCCUUGUUGGGGUGCCGGCAAUGUCGGCGACGAGAAAUACAACAAGCACUUCUCGCCCUGCGAGUUCACGAUGUCAAAUGAGGAUUUCGGCCUCAAGCACUUCCCCCAAGACAGCGGCAACUUCUUCCGAGCCGAUGGACGCAUCCCUACUUGGGAAGAAUACAUACUCGGUCCAUCACGGGAGGAGCCUUUACAACUCUUCAGCAACCUGGACGACCACGGCCUAUCCGCACGAUCAUUCUCCCCACCCCAAAAGAGGAUUCGGGUUCACAGCAAGGAAAUUAUUCGAUUCCAGUUCUCCAAGAUCUGCGAGCAUUGGGACCACGAGAGGAACGGGCAGGGCAAACCGUACUGCUUCAUCCUCAAGAUCCACGGCGUGGACGGACGCAAGGAAGAUUUUGUUGCGCUCGAGAAGAAUGAAUUUUGGUGGUGGGGCGAUGUUAAGGCCAGAGAUCUUGGGGCGCCAGGACAAGUUGUGUCAUUGUACGCGGUUACGACGGUUAACGGACGGGAUAUGAGGGGCAUGACCCGAAGGGAGUAUCUGGGAAUGAAGGGGAAGCCGGGAAGUAUGGGGUUUGCUGGCGUGGCUUCUUGGGAGUUGGUUUAA